AUGGAACUCGAGUAUUUCCCCAAAAGUGUAUGGGUUGGGAAGCGCAUUGACUUUCCGGACGCUGGUUCCUCAUGGACACUAAGGGAAAAACUCACAGAACACUCCUACCGUCUUUCCAAAAAAGACGCCGAUGAAUACGAAGCUACCCCGAGUGCUGGUGCGACCUUUAAAUGCCAGAAUCUCGAGAACCCUGCCCAGGAAGCCCUUAUGAAGAUCCAUAUCCAAGUCCCUUACAGCGGUACAGAGUUCCGCCCCUCAAGUGUUCGCGGCACUCAAGCCUCUGCCAACAUCCCAGAAGACUUGGAGGGAUAUAUCGAGGCUCUUCGGCGCCUUCGUGACUGCAAGUUCACACCUAAGCUUCUGGAGCAUAAAGUGGAUGUCCAAGAGGAGGACGGACUUGUUCCACGCGGCUGGAGCGUCUAUUUGCUCGCUACGGCCGUCCCUGGAAUCCCACUUGCUAUAGAGGGCUCCCGGUACGAAUAUGAAAACCAACUCACGUUCCUCGUUCCUGACGGGGAGUUUUGGAAGAACCUGGAUAGACCCACCCGAGAUGAGAUUAGAACUCAAUUUGAAGCUGCCUACAAUGACAUCACUGCAAAGGGGGUCCUAUGUGGCUUGGCAACGUUACGAGACAUCUACUGGGAUUCGAGUACCAACUCCUUGAAGAUCAACACCCAAUUCGAGCCUUUCGGUGAUAAGUACGUCACCAAAAGCCCUACACCUUGGAGUACCCAAUACCUCGGCGUCUAUGGUCUGGCGCUGAGACCGCAAAGUCUUCGCUUCCCAUACGAUCCGACAAUGACUGUUCCACAACUGGAAAAGAUCAGGUGGAGGUUUUAG